GCGACGGUGAACUCCUCACAUUGCACCGACACAUUAGACUUGUAACUCAAGAUGUCGUCCCGUCAGCAGCGAGUGAUGGUUCAGCCCAUCAAUGUUAUCUUCAAAAAUCUCCAGCAGAAAACCAAAGUUGUCAUCUGGCUGUAUGACAACAUCGAAAUGCGUUUGGAAGGCCGCAUAAUCGGCUUUGAUGAGUUCAUGAACCUCGUUAUCGACGACGCUGCAGAGGUCUACGUCAAAGAUGCUAAGCCAAGACGGGAGCUUGGCCGAAUCCUUCUCAAGGGCGACAAUAUUACUCUCAUUCAGCAAGCACAGUGAUCACAACGCUUCACGACCUUUCACCGUUAUCCGUCCUAAUUUGUAAAGCAGCAGCUUCGAAAGAGACAGAGCUUGGCGGCAAAGGGGACAUUCGGGCUACACAAGGGAUUAAUGUCGCUCAGGCCUGCACUUGGGAAUUUAACUGACCUUUUCCCGUCCCCAACCUACAAUACAGUUCCAGCAAAACAAAUGUCCGCAUUCGGUGAGAGAACUGUUGGUUCUCUCUUCGAGACAUAGAGUACAACUCCUGGACUGUCUCGUCUGUGACGGAAUUGCUGCAAUAUCAAGUACAGUCCCCUCGU